AAAAGAAUUAGCAAAAAAACCCUUGGUAAGUUGUAUUGGGCACAAACAAGGCCAUUUGUUUAGUGGAAAAACCCACAACUCCAUACAAACUACAAAGUAAUCCGAAGCCGCCUCCAUUGCGUUCCUCUCUUGUGGUUUUUGAAUUGAACUUUCUUUCUCUCUCUCUAUCAACUCUAUACAACCCUACAUCAAUCGUUCUUCUUCACACAGAGGAAGAGAGAUAGGUACAAACAUGGCGGUGGCUACUUUUGGUCAGUUGAAUCUUGAUGAAUCGCCACUAUGGGGUUCUCGAAGUAUCGAAUGCUUUGAAAAGCUUGAACAAAUCGGUGAAGGAACUUAUGGGCAAGUGUACAUGGCCAGAGAUAAACAAACUGGGGAGAUUGUUGCUUUGAAAAAGAUACGUAUGGACAAUGAGAAGGAGGGGUUCCCCAUAACAGCCAUCCGUGAGAUUAAAAUUCUAAAGAAAUUGCAGCAUGAAAAUGUCAUUAAGCUGUUGGAGAUAGUAACCUCUCAAGGUCCUGAAGAGGAUGAGCCAGAGAAGCUAGGAAUAGAUAGUAACAAGUACAAGGGAAACAUCUACAUGGUUUUUGAAUACAUGGAUCAUGACUUGACUGGCCUUGCUGAUCGACCAGGGUUGAGAUUCACAAUUCCGCAGAUUAAAUGCUACAUGAAGCAACUGCUUACUGGUCUUCAUUACUGCCAUAUUAAUCAAGUUCUUCACAGAGAUAUCAAAGGCUCUAAUCUUCUGAUAGAUAAUGAAGGAAAUCUGAAGCUUGCUGAUUUUGGUUUAGCCCGCUCAUUUUCUGGUGAUCAUAAUGCUAAUCUGACAAAUCGUGUUAUUACUCUGUGGUACAGACCUCCGGAAUUGUUGCUUGGAGCCACAAAGUAUGGACCCGCUGUUGACAUGUGGUCCGUUGGUUGUAUAUUUGCUGAACUUUUAUUCGGAAAGCCAAUCUUACCUGGGAAAAAUGAGCCUGAACAAUUGAACAAAAUAUUUGAGCUUUGUGGAACCCCUGAUGAGAUUAACUGGCCUGGUGUAUCAAAGAUUCCCUGGUACAGCAAGUUCAAGCCAGCAAGGCCAAUGAAAAGACGAGUUAGAGAGGUCUUUAGGCAUUUUGAUCGCCAUGCUUUGGAUUUAUUAGACAAAAUGCUGAAUCUUGACCCAUCUCAGAGAAUAUGUGCAAAGGAUGCUCUAGAUGGUGAAUAUUUCUGGACCGACCCCUUACCUUGUGAUCCUAGAAGCCUACCUAAAUACGAAUCAUCACAUGAGUUCCAGACUAAGAAAAAGAGGCAACAGCAGAGACAGAAUGAAGAAAUGGCCAAAAGACACAAGCUGCAGCACCCACAGCAACAUUCGCGCCUCCCUCCUAUCCAACACCCUGGUCAUUCCCAGCACUGGGGUGGAUCUACUCAUCAAAUGAGCAAUUCCCAGCCUGCAGUAUCUGCUGGGGCUGGUCAUCAUCAGUUUGGAAAGCCUCGUGGUACUGGAGGAUCAAAUCGAUAUCCUCCAGGUGGAAACCCUGGUGGGGGCUAUUAUCAAGAUCGUGGGGCACAGGGCGGAGGUUAUAGUAGUGGGCCAUAUCCACCUCAGGGACGAGCCCCACCUUUUCCUGCCAGUGGGUUGGCUCCCAGUGGUCCCCGGGGACCGAGUGGUGGAUAUGGUGGUCCUCCUAAUUACUCCCAAAGUGGUCAAUAUGGAGGUUCUGGUGCAGGGAGAGGUUCUAACCAGAUGAGUGGAAACCGCAACCAGCAAUAUGGUUGGCAGCAAUAGUCUGACAUGUGUAUGCAGAGUAUAGAAAAUCUGGCUAGACAGCAUCAAAGAAAAUCAAUAUCAAUUGUAAGAAAUUGGGGGAUCAUGCAACAUCUUUUGCA